AUGGCACCUGCUAUUGAAUUGCUCCUGCUGGCUCUUGUCAGUCAGGCCCUUGCCGCACCAGCUUCAUGGUCCUCCUCUCUCGGAGCCGUGGUAACGAUUCCAGCCAUCGAAACGCACGUUCCUCGAGGAACUGAGCCAGGUGCCGCCCCGACACUGGUUAACAGUGCAACCACGGGCAUCACAACCCACGGCCCCUAUUCGGGGACACCUACUACAACUGGGGCUGAACAAGCGACCGCUACACUGGCUACUGAAAUUCUACCGAAGCCGAACCCAACCGCGACUUACUACAACACCAAUGGCAAGCUCACUCAGCCCCAGCCGAUGCCCUAUAUGCCGGCCGGUGGUGUCGGUACCAAUGGCACCUUGCCGGUGUACAUGGUGCAAAGUGACUUUGACUAUGAGUCCAUUGCCCUGGGUCUCCACCAAGAAUACAUUGAGCUCGAUCUUUUCCACUACGGACUGGAAAUUUUCAGCGAACAGGAUUUCCUUGAUGCGGGGCUUACCGUUGAGGACCGCAACCUGAUUCAGUACAUGGCUAUUCAGGAAGCCGGCCAUGCUACACUUUUGACCAACAUGCUGGGUGAGACUGCGCCCAAGCAGUGUACCUACGACUACCCAUUCACGACUGUGCGUGAGUUCUUGGAUUUCAACGUCAAGCUCACCCGCUGGGGUGAGUCCGGUAACUGGGGCUUCAUCAGUCACCUCGACUCGAAGGAGGUCGCAACGUUGCUCGUCCAAGCAGAGGCAAUUGAAGCCCGGCAGCAGGCCAUCUUCCGUCAAUUGCUAGGACUUCACCCCAUGCCCAUUUGGUUUGCUCCAGGCAUCCCGCAGUCAUGGCACUGGACUCUCCUAUCACAAUAUAUCAGCUCCUGCCCGAAGAAUAAUACUCGCCUUGUGUGGCAGAACUUCCCUAAUCUGAACGUCGUCAACCAGCCCAACGUCAACCGGUAUGUUAAUACGAGCCUAAUCAACGCAAACACCACUGAAAAAUGGGAGAUUGUCGGCGACCGCACCGGCGACCCUAGCGAUUCCAGGAUCCCUGAAGACGAGUCCUGUGUGCACCAGAACACAACCGGCUACAACUGCGGCCCAGCCAUCUCGCGCGACCGUUACAACCCCGUCAGUUUCCCCGGUCGCCAGGUCAAUUUGACAUGGGACGAGCCCGGCAAAGCCGUUGGACCUAACAACAGCUAUGUCACGUCGACAACUGCAGGGGAGCCAGCCUUUGUCGCGUGGGUCUCGCAACUGAACCUGACUUACACUGAGCUGACCGUGACUGGAUCUAAUUGUGGGUUCACCUACCAACCGGCAACUGAGGUCUUCGAGACUGACCCCGCCGUCAAUGGCACUGUCUUCAUUGCGCUUACCGAUAGUGACAUCUAUGUUACGCCGUUCAACCUGACAAUGAUCAACCCGCAUGUUCGCGCCCUCGGACUGUACCAGUCUGGCUAG